AUGGACAAGUUUAUAGUUGUUUAUUAAUUUUUUUUCUAUGGUUUUUGUUUUGUUAAUAUCGUGACGUGUAUAUGGUGGGAUACAGUAAUCAUGGAUAAAGCGCUAGUGAUAUUGAUCCUCUUGGCAAAUUUGUUAGCAACCAAUUGUCAAGAAGGGGAUUAUGUGGAAGACACAAUAGCGCAGAUGACUGAAAAAGGAAAAUCAACCUACUCGUUCAGCUAUGGCGUCACUGACGGCAAAACUGGAGAUGUUAAACAAGUAUGGGAGUCACGAGAUGGUGACACUGUUCAAGGUCACUACAGUGUACUAGAACCAGACGGAUCUACACGCUCUGUACAAUAUUCAGCUGGACCAAACACAGGAUUUCAAGCCGUUAUUAAUAGAGAAAAUCAAAGACUUGGCGAUGCAGACAUAGGACGUAGUAUACUAGAAGAAAAAGCAAUGAGAGAUUAUGAAAAGUAUUAUGAUUUCUCAGAAGACCCAGAUGAGGACUACUACGAUAGAAGGCCAGCAAAGAAACCAUACGAAGCAAACCGAAAAGAAUAUCCUAACAGAAAAAGAACAAAAUACCCAUCGUAUUCAGAUCAUCCUCUAGACUCUGAACCUAGUGAAUUUGCACACAGCAUUGCUAUCAAACAUCCACGCGAUGAAUUCUCAGAAUUUGAUCCACAAAGUCACGUUGGAUUUAAUUUCGACCCGAAUUGCAAAACAAAAACUAAAAAAGAAAGCUACUUUAACAGAGACAAUUUGUAUUCAAACAAUGUCGAUCUAGAGUUGAAUAAGAAAUAUCCUCAAUUUCCCCCAGAUUCGUUUAGAGACUCGUACGACAAAUACGCCGAACCAAGUAUCGACUUUGAUAGAUACGUAACAAAACAUUAUGGGAACGGUAACUUUAAGGGGCAUAAAUACGACGACUAUCCCGUCAAACCAUCUGCUUCAGUGAAAUACACUUUUCCAGUGAUACCUGAUUUGCCUGCUCCUGAAAAGUAUUACCCAGAUGACAUACCUCCCAGACCUAAGAAGAAGAGACCCCACAAACCAAGAGAGCCAGAACACCGCUUCCCAAGCGAUGACUUAAAUGAUUACAUUCUAGUUCCUAAGAAGAAACUAAAGAAUACUACGCCUCAUCCCGAUCCCUACGAUUUUAGAACACUCGAUGAUGAUUAUGAACGUCCGCAGUUUUCGAGUAACUUCGAUGACACGUCACAGGAUGACAGGUAUCCAGGUUCCACACGAGGAACUGGGCAGAAGGAGGUUGUUCGAAAGAUUGUUAAGAAAAAGAAACCUGUCAUAAACUUGUUAGAUAUGUUUGAUAUUUAAGUUAUUUGUUAAAUACAAAUUAGAUUAUUUAUGUAUACUGUGUAACUAUAUGGCCAAAGCCGGAUAGGUUGUAAUUAGAAUUUUCGAAUAAGAAACGUUGAGACAGACUGAAGAGAAUUAACCAAAUUAAAAUAAAAUAUUGUUAAGUGUUUUUUCUUUAUAAGUCGUUAAAAGACUUAAUUUGAACCAAAGUUCUUCAAACUAAUUGACUG